AUGCCGGGAGCUGUACCCAAAAUUAGAACACGUCAUGCAGACACUUCCCCAAAAACUAGUAUCAAGAAUCUACCAAAUUACGAAUACGUCGGAAAUUACUAUUCGAAAGACUUCAAAUAUAUAAGUCCAGAAGUUUUGCAACGGAUCAAAAGGACAAGAAAUAUUGUCGCUCCAUUGAAAGCGAAUAUGGAAAAGGGAACUUGUAAAUUGUUUACGCGUUUGUGGUUUGCGGAGGUGAUAAAAGGGUUGAAACAAUUCUUGUACGAAGGAUCCCUACAUGGAGUUAAAUACAUCUUUGAGCCAACCUUCAGUCGAAAAGAAAAGCUGAUAUGGAUAAUCAUUAUGGUUAUCAGCGUAGCCAUAUGUGCUGUAAACAUCAUUCAGCUGCUAUGCAAAUGGCACACGAAGCCGUUCGUCAACGUGAUCGACUCCUUGCCAACUCCAAUAUGGGCUAUUCCUUUUCCAACUGUGGUCUUGUGCCCACAUUUGCAUGUCCAACUCUCUUACGCUAAUGUUUCUAAGCUUGAUGAACGAGAAUAUUUCUUCGCGUCUCUCGUGUGUCCACAAUUGUCUCACGAAAAGAAAGCACUGCCACAACCAUUAAAUACAGAAGAGAAUAUAAUGAUGCAAGAUUUUAUUGUUAAAGGCUCGCCAAAAUGCACAGAUAUAGUGAAAUCAUGCUAUUGGAAAUCAACCCACGACGCGGAAUGGUUCGCUAAAGAAUGCUGCGAGAAGAUGUUUAAGCCAAUUUUCACAGACUAUGGACUUUGUUUUGCAUUUAACAGUUUACCAUUGAACAGCUUGACUAACGACUCCCUUCAUUGGCAAAAAACUUUCAAUCAGAACGCAUCACAGUUGCCCCUAAAAUGGAGCUUAGAUGAUGGGUAUCCAAAGGUGUUUCCUCCGGACCCGACUAUGAUUCCAUUUAGAGCAAUGGCGUCGGGAGAAGUUCAUGGAUUAGGAGUAGAACUGUACCUCAAUACCAGCGAACAUCAGUUUGGUUGUGAUGGGAACAACGUGGGUUUCAAUGUUCUUAUUAAUUCACCAACUGAUAACGCGUACACCAGUACUGUAAUUCGUCUACCAAUGAAUAAAAUGACUACCAUUAAAGUGACGCCGAUCACUUACAAAACCGACGCAGAGCUAAGAACCCUACCACCGUACCAGAGACAGUGCUACUUUCAAGAUGAAAUGAAACUCAAGUAUUUCGAAUUCUACACUGACAGUAACUGCAAGCACGAUCUGUGGAUGCGUGAAGUCAAGAAGCAAUGCAACUGUGUUCUUUUCAAUUGGCCAAGAAUUUACAUUUGGGAGUCGAUAUGUUCAACUAAAUCAGAUUUCCGCUGCGUAAUUGAUGUUCGAGCAAAAGUAGAGGAACAGCUGACAUACGCAUAUUUUGAAGACAGCCAGGAAGAUAGGACACGCGAUGCCGCCUCUGCCUCCUGUCAACUAGCCUGCAACGACAUUUUGUACUCCAGUCAAGUGUUCUACUCCGAUCUUGUUAGCAUACCAGGACGACCGGAGCCCGAAUGGGAGUUCAAAGAAGGUGAAGUGACACGCAUCAACGUGCACUUUUAUGAUGAUAUAUUUUUGGGUCAGCAUCGCCACGCGCAAUACGACGAUUAUUAUUUUGCAGGUGCAAUUGGGGGCUUGCUCAGUCUUUUCCUAGGCUUCAGCAUCAUAAGCGUCGCAGAAUUAGUCUACUUCGUACUCCUGAAGCCAGUUCAUUUGGCUCUUAAAGAAACCUUUAAGAGUAUUUAA